AUGGCGUCGUUUCCCAGGAAGGGCUUCGGUAGAGCGAGCCUCCAUUUCGAAGCCCGGCCAAGGGUCAAUGAAGACAAGUCCAAAUGGCAUCUCCCACCGGAGUAUUCACCCUUCGCCAUAAAGUUGGAGGAUGAUGCUUUCACCGUGGCAAGCAGCACACGACCUCCUAGUGUAUUCAGCUCCAGCUUCACUCACGACACCGCGUCCUCGUACAGAGGGUUCUCCAGAGAAUUCUCAACGACAGGUUCGACCUACAAUCAUGAACCUCGAGUAUCACCGACUCGGCAAGCCUUUCGAGAUCCACCGACUUACCCAACAGCCGAAACCGAUUUCUGGAGGAACCAGUGCGACCUUCUGCGACAAGACCUCAAGAAGUUGGCGCAGGCCGUUGAUGAGAGAGAUGAACAAAUCAAGCAGUUGAUAGCGCCUGUCCUACAAAAGGGGAGUGUUGAUGGCGGCGGCGGAUCGCAUGCGCGGCAGUUCACGGAUCAGCUGCACGAUGAGAAGACUACGGCGACAUUGUCUGAAGAUAGGUUACACCAUGCCACUACCUCAGGCGCGAGAUUAGAAGACGCCAAUAGGAAACCUUUGAGCAUGAGUCAUUCGCGGGGUGGUGUGCCUCCGUCUGCGAAGAUCAAGGGUCGCAAGAACCAACGCGGCUUCCCGUCGUCAUGGGGGUUUGACAAGGGUCAGAUGGCCAUGAAGAAGCGGGUAAUGACGGUGUUCGACGGCCUUCACCCUCUGGCCAAGGAUGACAUGAUGCUCUCGACGGAGCACGAGGUUCGUGUCCAGCUGUCGGACGGCAAGUCCUACGUCACGGACCUGGACGUCAACACUCUCCAACGCGCCCAGGGCUUCCACGAUGCGACGGAGCAGGAGAAGGGCAUCUGGAUCUCAGACAAACCCGCAGAGUUUCAGACCGGAGCACCCGAACUCGGUGUUGCCGCUGUGAGGGUACCACAGACAUUCCUGAGGGUCCCAUCCAGGCUGUCUUCUCCAGCAGCAGAAGUCAAGGAGCGUGAUGCAGUGCUUCUACAGAUCAAUGACAUGAUCACUGACACAAGAGCCGGGUAUAUGGGCAAGGGGCGAUCUUCGUCAGGUGGUGAUGUCCCCAGGGAUAUACAAGCGCUGCAGGAACGUAUCAAGUUGUUAGAGGCUGAAAACCGUCAGCUGAGAGAACAAGGACUUGAAAUCAAAACGCACCUCGACCCUAGUAGCAAAUCCCCGCUGGAGUCAGGGACUCAAAAUCGGGACGUGAACCGGAUGAAGGAAAGACCUGAGGAAUAUCCCACUCAAUCAAGUCAAAGUGCUGCACGGCACAGUCGGUCUCAACCGGCUGGGCCGGAUCAAAUGAAGGGUAUAGUCUGGGACCAGUCCACAGAGACGUUCUCUAAGCCCGAACCUGUCCACGAACGAGAGUUGAAUCAGGGGACAUAUUAUGGCACCCCAAUUCCAUACAAGGCUCCCCCGGGUUCAAUUUCCACGGGGUCAUCAUAUGGUACCAUCCCGAUUCCAUACACAACCGCCCCGAGUCCACAUUCUACGGCGUCGCCAUCUUGA